UAUAUUUUCAGUGCCCCAAAAAUUUGCAGCCCCAAUUCUUCAAACAAGAACCCCAGGAAUCCAUCUCUGUGCACUGAUUCUAGCAAUCGCGAAAUGGCGAGCUCUCUGCGGCGGCUGGCGAGCAAUUCCGCCGUGAUUUCUCGAUCGGCGUUUCCAAGAGCAUUCUCCACGGAAAGCGCAUUGGUCGAAACAAAACCCGGCGAGAUCGGCACGGUUUCGGGCAUCCCCCAAGAGCACCUCCGCCGAAAGGUUAUGAUAUUCUCACCUGCCCGAACUGCUACUCAGCAAGGAGCUGGGAAGGUCGGUAGAUGGAAAAUCAAUUUCUUGUCCACGCAAAAAUGGGAGAAUCCACUUAUGGGUUGGACAUCCACUGGAGACCCAUAUGCCAAUGUCGGAGAUUCUGCACUAAGCUUUGACAGUCAAGAAGCUGCAGUAUCAUUUGCUGAGAGACAUGGUUGGGAGUACACGGUGAAGAAGCACCACACCCCAUUAUUGAAGGUGAAGGCAUACGCAGACAACUUCAAAUGGAAGGGCCCUCCUGCGUCUGAGGCAAGCUAAUUUUUCAAAUUUUAUCCUUUGCUCGGGGGUUUAGCUUAGAAUGACCAAGGAUCAGUACUUCGUGUAAUCCUUCGAAUGAAUAAAUCAUACUACAACAUUGGAUUCCUUCAUGCUUGCUUUGUUUGCGCAGAGGUUCAGUUCAGUCCACUUUGCACUUGUUUCAUUUGUUGUAAGACAAAAAGAUACCUAUGUAUUACAGAAUGAUUGAAGAAAACAAUGUUGUUUUUGCUUA